AUGUGCCGUUUUCCUGUUUGGGAGACGGAAGCAAAUGGUGGCUCUGCAAAAUACGGCAACAACAAAUACAGCAGCGACCAGCCACCCGAUCUUUUCUGUCUUCCAUUGCGUGAAGCGCAGAAGCAGAAACAUGCUCUGCAGCGUGCACAGAAGAGGGUGGCUGAGGAAUUAGAGGCUCGGCAGCUCAUAGAGGCAGCAGGAACUGAACCCCGACAGGCCAAACAGAAGGCUCUGGCAGAUGCUCAAUGGCUCAAUGGGCAACCCACUCAAAAACGAGCCCCUUCACCAGAGUCUGAAUCACUUGCUGGUGACAAGAGCAACAUUGGUACUGGCCGCAAGAAGCAGAAGCAACAGCCAGAUGGAAUAGAAGAUAGCGACACUCAAGCAGGAAAGGCAGCAGCAGCGAAGGUGACUGGAAAAUCACGCAAGGAUAAGCAUCAGCCCAAGAGGCAAUAUGAACCAUGCGAGUCAAAUAACAGGUUGGACACUGAUGCCGCUCUCGCUGCAGCAGAUGAGCACCAUCGACCGCUGCAAAAGCAGACGGUUAAACUGCCAGUCAAGAUGGCAGCACGGAAGGAGCAAGAUGAAGAGUUGACUGAUGAUUCUGUCCGUCCUGAUGAUGAGGAUGACGAGGGCCAGAGUGAGGAGGAGCCUGACUAUACUAAAAUGUCAGCCACUGAGCUCAUGGAGCUCAUGGAUAAUGAGGCUCCCGCAUUCCCUCAAGAGCCUGUCAUGGAUGUGCAAGCACUCUUCGAUGUAGACGAGGCCAACAUCGAGAUGAGCUCCACAAGGUCUUCUCGUAGCCGGGGUUCAUUAUUGGGAGUUUCUCUGCCGCCCACCUCUGAGUCCAAUGGAGCUAUUCUGGGUGACACUGACGAUGAGGAUGCCCUUGGGCCUGCUCCUCCUUUGAAGGCCAACAAGAAAAACAAUAAGGGCCUGAAGAAGCGUGAGGCCAAGUUUCGUGAUGAGCGUCCAAGCAUUAUCUCGGAUGAAGAACGUGAAGCAGUCAAGCCAGUUAAGAAAGACCACCAUCGCAAGAUCCCCCUGCAGCCACACUUGGCGAGUGCUCAAUGUUCAAGUCAGGACGACGAUGACGAAGAUGACGACGAAGACCAAAAAUGUUGGCCUGUACAUGCCCACCUCCGCGGCACUGGCCUCCUCCAGCAGAACAUCCACAUCCGUACGGUUUGUCGUGAUGCUAUCAAGAUGGUUGAAACUAUGAUUGUCACUGAUUGGGCGUGGCCAGAGCUGAAUUGUACUGCAGAGUACUGGCGCGAAGUGCUUAGCAGGGCCGCGAAAGCCUUGAGGAACAAGGAUGCCCGAUACAGGGACACUUAUGCCCAAAUCAAGUCAGAUGAGUCGUUCAUGAAAGCUCUCGGAAGAUGGGCUAGUGGUACAAACCACAUUGCUAUCUUUCAGCUCGGAGUUAGGGAUUCCUGUAAGGCGCGGGUUGAGGCACUGUUCGAAGAUGAUAUCUAUGUCUACCUGGGCCAUUGGGAGGAUGAUGUCAAUGGAAAGCCAAUGUGGGUGGUGAAGGCAAAGGAGAUUUACCUCAACCCUGCCCUCGUUAGUGUUCUCAAGGAGGCUUUUUUCGACACUCCAAGUGCAUUUGGGUACAAGUUCAAGGAGUUUUAUGUGUCAUUGCAUCCCAGCCCUGAGUUGUCAGAAAAGGAGUUGACAGUUCCGCUUGUUGCCCUUGCAGCCACUGGGCUAUAUGCAGGCCUCUACGUUUGGCGGGAGGGCACCCAAGACAAGGCUGACAAAUUUGAAGGUGAUAAGUAUAAUUCAGUCUUCGAGCUCCACAAGAAGUAUCUGCUGGAUCUGAAGGAGAAGAAUAUCAGAAAGUUCCAUGCUGUCAUGUCUGAGCUGUAUACUAGAGUGACCAAUGAACCAAAGUCCAACAAUGCCACACACAAGAGUGGUAACCCUCUUUCUGUUAUGGAUCUUAGUGGUUAUGAAUAG